AGGCUUUCUGUCUCCACAAAAAGAACAGCAAAGAAAUCACGCACAUCUUCUUCACAAAGACCCUGUGAGCUUGCAAUUGACAGAGAGUUCAAUAGCCAUAAUAACAAGAUCCUUUCUGUUUUCUCAAUUGCUGCAAAUAAGAGCAAAAUACUCGGAGCCACUCGCAGUACCAUGUCACAAAAAUACUUUCCUCUUGAUACAAGGGUGGACUUGCCUGUAUCAGACACCGAGAUAUAUCCCAAGGAGUCUUUCCAGCUAUACGACUUUCAUCUGAAAUCCUAUCUUGAUGAUUUGAGCCCGGAUGAAAACUUCCAGUUUAAUGCAAGGCCAUGCACACAGCAUCUGCUCAACCAGGAGCCAUUUGACUUCCACCAGUUUGUGCCGUAUCAACUUCAGUUGGAAAAAAGCGGUCUUUUUCCCGAGUUCUACUUCCACUUCAGAAGAGCUUUUGCGGCCAUGUCGAUCGAAAACAGAGCAUACUGCUCCACAAGCUUGGAGAUAUUCAAAUCGUUCUUCAUUGGGUCAGCGCCUGAUAUCCAGAGUUCAAUAGUGAGGGUGGAGAACGAUUAUGAGCUGAAGUUCAGAAAGUGCCUUGGUCCAGAGCUACUCAAAGAAUUCUCGUCAUGGUAUCUCACUCGAUCUUGCGUGGAAACACGAUUUCGUGAGAAAUUGCGUGAGAACGUGGAUCUUAUAUCGUAUUCUCACAGAGUAAAUGAGUUGACCAGCAGGGCCCGAGACUACGAAGUUUUGCCUUUGGUAGACUUCCUCAUGGCAUACGAGCAUUCCGAAAGCUCGAUCUGGCACCAUGUAUUGAUUGCCUUUUCUAACGACACUCAAUCAGAAAAAAGGAUCCAGUACUUAAACACCAAAGCAGUGGAAUGGAAGAACGUCGACAUUUCCCUCACACGUCAGAUUCAGGGGUUUGUCAGUGACCUCAGAGAAGAAGACAUUCAGAACUCGGAUCCCGAUGCCUGUCUCGUAUUCACUUUCUGCGUGUGUCUGGUCAUUGUGUUUUUUAUGAUUGUAGUUAUGGCAAGAAGUUAG